AACUUGUGUCUCUUAUCCAGUUUAAUAUACAGCAACGCAAAUAUGGGGAUGUCACUGGAAAGAGUGCAGUUCAAAUUCGCCUCCAUCAUUGGAGAGCUCUGCAGCCAACCAGAUGUUCUCUCCCAGUUUGCAGUGUGGUUAGACCUCAGACUGGCAGAGUACAAGUUAAAAGGGGCCAUAUCACUUGAUUGCUCUGGAGAAGAGCCAGAUCCAAUAUGGCUGAAGGGAUUAAGCAAACAGAAGACCCCAUCCAGACUAAACAGUCAGACUGACAGACGGACGCAAAUUCAUAGCCCAGGUGCCUACAGAAGCCCAUCAUUACACAGACCAGCUCACUCAUCUUCAGAUUCAGACAUUCCCCAAUCACAAUCUCACUCUGUGCCCAGCAGAGAGCUGGCUGAGCGACUUUCACCUGAUGUUGUUGUUGUUAAAGAGGAACCCGAUGUUUAUCCAGUUAGCUUGCACGCACAUGAAAAUCGCAAGCGUUCAGCCACGGACAGUGUAUCUAUUGACUUCAGAGAUGGACCAAAACAGAGACGAAUGUCAACCACUGAAUCGCCUUCCCAUCAAAGUCUCAUGUCAGUCAUUGGUGGAUUUGAUAAUGACACUAUAAAGGAUAGUGAAAACAGGGGAGGCAACUCUGAUUUUCCCUCCACCAGUAUUGCAGAUAAUGUGACAUUGCCAGACUUGAGUGCUGAUGUGUCAGUGGACGAUUUGUCUUUUAACAAAACAGCUGCUGAUUUUGCUGAUCAAACAGACUUCGGCCAAGACACCGUCAAUACUAGCGAUGUACACGUACGGGAAAGUCAACACAUGCAGAUGUUGACGCCAUCUGGUGGCAAUCACACGACUUCAGUAGGUGACGUCCCCUGGCCGGAAAAUGUAUCGUUGGUGAAUAUUGCCUCGAUGACGCCUCGCGAGUUGAACCGUAUUCGUCGUGGAAAGAUUAAGGACAUCGAAAGCAUCCCCAAGCCCAGCGUGAGUAACAUGGUGGUAUCUGUGAGCAUCUUCGAGCGAUGGCUGUGGGAGAGACAAACCUGUCAUGACAGACGAUUCAUCAACGACAUCCCACCGGCGAUGCUGGCACCGUACAUGGUUGAUUUCUUCCGAUCUAUCACGACGCCGUCAGGCUCUAACUACAAGAGUGAGUCCUUCCUGAGCCUGCGCUGUAGCCUUUUUAAAUUCCUCCGGGUCACCGGAUAUCCUGUUAGCCCAAACACCUCUCCGGAGUUUACCGAAGCCAGAGCGGCCUUCGCCGAGAGAAGGCGCACACUUCUGUAAGAGAAAUGCUAACUGAUACGGAGGGUGGAAACUUUCAAGUAAUACGUAAUUCCUCUCUAUGUAGUUUAUCAGCGAAGAUUGCGCGGACACGCGAUGUAUUUCACAGCCUGCUUACCAUAACAUAUUUUGAGGCGCUUUCCCUUUCCUGUAAACGAGAACAUCUGCAAAGUAACAUCUUGGCGCCGACAAAACAUUUGUGGAGAAAUCUGUAAAAUACAAAGAACUUUCUUUUUUUUUCUGUGGGAUGCCCUUGCAAAAUACCUAAAAUGGACAUGAUAAACAAAUGGUUCGAAGCGUUCUGUUGUAUUCCCCAUGAACAAGGACAUUUUUAUUAUAUUGCUCAAUUUCUUUUUUUCAAGUAAAUAAUUUCCUCAAAUUUUCAACGCCAAAGAAGUUUCCCUGGUUUCAGGUUGACGACAUUGUGGAAGCUGGUUUCCAUAGGCUAUAGUCUGCAUGACGACACCCUCGUACCCAUAUUAUUUUGAAGUCACUAUAUAGCGUAGUCAUGCAUUCUUAUAUUUACUUUUCUUUUAGUGGUGUCAGAGUUCAACCACACCGUACCUUUAUAAGCACUUACAGUAUGUCUCCUGUGAGAGUACAGGACUCCCCAAAUAUUCCCGAUACUAUGUCGGUGGCCUCAGCUUUAUUCAUUAGCGGUCUGUCGGUCUCAAAAAUCAUCGUCCCAUGUUAAAUCGAAUCUUAUCACUCGCGGUGGCCGCUGUGAGUGUAGAUUAUGUAGCAUUCAGUAUCAGGAGAGUUUCCAUCGGAUCCGCACUUCUGCCACCACAACAUCGCUCAUUUUGAAGCGUAAAACUACUGCAAUUUUCCACCGACAAAUGUGUGAACUAUUCAAAAACCUGCUACGUCUGUUUGAUAAAAGCACACUGGUUAUUUUUUGCAAAAGUUUAAACGGAGCCGAACACUAUGAAAGUCAUGGCUCAAAUACCUACCGCGGUCGCCGUUAUACGGGUUAGCUUCGUUUUAUACAUGUAACGUGGGAAGAUGAUCUUCGAGAACGAGAGGCUGCUAAUAAAUGAAGGUGAGACCAUCGAAAUUUGAGUGUGUCUAUUUGUGGAAGUGUGUGCUUUCAUAGCAGACUCACUCUAACUUUUAACGGCCUGAGGUACGAGACGACAGAAGUAUGGCACUACUCCGAGAAAACACAAAGAUGUAUGACUGCAUUAGUGACUUCACCAAAAAUACCGGAACGAAGGUACCGUCAUGCAUUACUAGCUUACAUAAUACUUACAUGUAGUAUUAACUUCAAAACUCUUCACUAACAAUACUAAAAUUAUGACUCUUUUUUUUCAUACAAAAAGUUGCCUUUGAGACAAAAUGUAAAAUUAUCGUACAAUGUCAAACCAAAGUGAAGAUUUAAGCUCAUCACAGUUUCUUGAUCCUUGGAAGUGUACAAUGGAACUUUAUCCGGAGCAAAGGAUGUAUGAUGACAGCUUCGUAAAUAAAAUAAA